UCACAUUUUGCUGGAGUUUGGGAAACACUGGAAUAUCUAUAAAAUGGAGUUGCUUUGGAGCUCUCUCCUGGUGCUUCUCCUUUCUCAUCAUAUGGCAGAAGGUCAAUCCAUUACCAUUUCAUCAGAGAUUACUCAAUCUGAAACAGACAUAAAAUCAAGCUCUUUGGAAAUAAGCCCUGGUGUAGCAAUCACAGAGGACACAACUGUCAUUUAUGCAACAAUCACAAAGGACACAACAGUCACUGAUGCAACGAUCACAGAGGACACAACAGCCACCGAUGCAACAAUCACAGAGGACACAACAGCCACCGAUGCAACAAUCACAGAGGACACAACAGCCACCGAUGCAACAAUCCCAGUGGAUACAACAGCCACCGAUGCAACAAUCCCAGUGGAUACAACCACCACUGAUGCAACGAUCACAGAGAAUACAAACGCCACUGAUGCAGCGAUCACAGAGAACACAACCACCACUGAUGCAGCGAUCACAGAGAACACAACCACCACUGAUGCAGCAAUCACAGAGAACACAACCACCACUGAUGCAGCAAUCACAGAGAACACAACCACCACUGAUGCAGCAAUCACAGAGAACACAACCACCACUGAUGCAACAAUCACAAAGGACACAACGGCCACUGAUGCAGCAAUCACAGAGGACACAUCCACCCCUACUGUAACAACCACAGAGGACACAUCGUCCCCUGGUGUAACAACCUCAAAUGUCACAUCCAGCCCUGAUGUAACAACCCCAAGGCACACAUCAACUAGAAUAACAACAGAUGGAGAAUCUACAUCUACGAAAACAAUAACUUGUUUUGCAUCCAGCCCUUCCACAAGUACAAGUGUUGCUCUUAGCUCUCAUACAACAGCCAGCAGUCCUACUACUUCAUCUUCAAUACCAGUGGGUGAUUGUGAAAAUGGAGGCAAUUUCGAAGGAGGAAAAUGCGUGUGUAAACCCAACUUCUAUGGCAGGAAAUGCGAAUUUGUCAUGAGUGAGAUUAGACCAGAGAUCAUUACCAGUGUGGAUGUCACAGUCACGGUGGAGAAUGUACUGUAUAAUCAGGAGCUGAACGACACAAAUUCUCAGCAAUAUAAGGAAUUUGACAAUCGGUUUCAGGAUGCGAUGAGUAAGGUGUAUGAGAAACUACCCAACUACCAACAGGUGGAAAUCAUUUCAAUCAGAUCAGGAAGUAUAAUAGUUGAACAUCGGGUCGUGUUGUUAACCUUUGUAGAAGACUAUAACAGUUCCUUAGUCCAAAUGGAGACAAUAUUAAACACAACCAAUUGCACAGACAGCACUGCAGAGAAAUUGUGCUUUAGACCAAACACUGCACAAGUGGUUCCAGCCGAGUUAAAAGUUCAAGACGCCUGCUUAAAUGAUGCCACCCUCCCAGCUGAGGUGCGGAAAUACUAUGUCGUGAAGAUGAUUAAAGGAAAAGUGUUUUGUGUGUCCAAAUGUAGUGAGAAUAAUGAUUAUUCUAUCAACUGCAACAACGGGCAGUGCAGUGUCACACGCCAAGGACCACUUUGCUUUUGCACCUCAUCAGACCAGUUCUGGUUCACCGGAAACCACUGCCAGAUGUCCAUCAGCAAACCUGGGGUCUACUCUGGGGUUCCAAUUGCCACGGCUGCACUGAUCAUUAUCAUUGUGACUUUGUCUAUCUUCCUGCACCGACGCAGAGGGGGUCCAUCCAAAGAAAGGUUGAUAGAUGCAGAACAGUGGUGGUAUGAGGAUGGCUUUGAAAUGGACAACAAUUUAGCAGGCUGGAACCCAGGGACUACCAAUAAUGCAGCUGGUUCACCAAGACUCAGUCCUCCACAAGAUAAUUUCCACCCAGUACUGUCGAAUGUGGACACAUGUUUGAAGGUGAAGGUCCCCAGACCUGAUGUAGUGUCAAAUAACAGGUGAAGCUUCAGAAUUUGGCAAGAAUGGAAGCCCUUGAAGAACAAAUGUCUCCACACAGCAAGCAUAUCAAUAGAGUAUAUGUAGAGGAAAAAAAAGACUUGAAAGGAACCAACUCUCUAUUAUUAUAACGUAAUCAAAAUCAAAGAGUGUUCAUCUUGGCUAAGACUGUUGCUAUGAUGGAACCUAUACAGUUCCUAGAAGUUCAUGGACUCUAAUGUUCUCAGCUGUCAUUUAAAAGUCAUAUUCCAAUGUGGAAUAUAUACACGUAUGCACUGCUGCACCAAGUGAUACAUUUAAGGACCAACAAAGUAGUAUGGUCUGGGGACUGGUCUUGGGAAAGAAAGUUGUGACCAAGGGCUCCAAUACUUACAAAGAUAGUAAACGGUAUGCAAGUUGACUACAAUGUGUGCCUACAAGUCUAGUGUAACAAGGACAGGGCAAAAGCUAGCAAAUGUAUCACAAAUAUGCCUGUACUCAAGUAUUCAAAUUUGAGAUUUAUUCAGAAACAUUUAAUCUGUGAAUAUUU